AUGUAUAAUCGACAAACUGUUAGACCUAGCGUUCGUCCAACAGCAACAACUAAUAUUAGUUAUGGUGCAUCAAAUAAUCGAAGUUCUGUGGGCACAGCUGGAAGUCGUGGAUCCAUGGGACGAUCACAACCGUCUGCUCGAGGAUCAUCAAAUCAAUAUGAAGAUCAAUCACCACCUCGAAAUGUUGGUAGACAACAAAAAGCAUCAGGUGGUGGUGGCGGUGGUGGACAAGGUUAUGGUGAAUAUGAUCAUUUGUAUAAAAAUGCUCCUGGAGGUACUGGAGCACCACCAGCUAUGCCUAAAUUUGUAAUGUGCUAUAUUUGUGGACGAAAAUAUGGAACACAAUCAGUUGAAAUUCAUGAACCUCAAUGUUUAGAAAAGUGGCAUAUUGAAAAUGCUAAAUUACCUCCGAAUCUACGACGACCAGCACCUCGUAAACCUGAUAUUCAUAUUGGCAGUAAAGGUAGUUAUUCAAUCGAUGAAAUCAAUGAUGCAGCGUAUGAAGCAGCUAAAGCACAACUUGUUCCAUGUGAUAAUUGUGGACGAAAGUUUGGUUCUGAUCGUAUUCAAGUUCAUCAAAGAAGUUGUAAACCAGGCAAUGCAGCUAAAUCAAUUGGUGCACCAGCUGGUCCUGGAGGACGAGCAGCAGCAGCUGAACGACCUAUGAUGCAACAACGUGGAAAUCCUAGUAAUAAUGAAUUCGAUGAUGUGCCAAUUGCGUCUUCAAAAAAAGGUGGAGCUAGUGUACCAUUUGACAGUGGUUCAUCUGGUACAUCAGGUCUUUAUCCAUGUUCUAUUUGUAAUCGAAGAUUUGCAAGUGAACGCAUACAACAACAUGAAGACGCAUGUAAAAUAGCUCAUAAACAGCGACGUACAUUUGAUUCAACUAAACAACGGAUACAAGGAACAGAAGCAGCAGCAUAUUUUCGAAAAGGUGGCAAAGGUGCCAAAGGUCGACCUGAACCAGCUAGACCUCAACCUCCAAAAUCAAAUUGGAGACAAAAACAUCAAGAUUUUAUUCAAGCUAUUCGUUAUGCUAAACAAGCGACUAGUCAUGAAAAAGCAGGCGGUCGUAUAUCUGAUCUACCUCCACCACCUGUUUCCGUCAAUCCAGACUACAUACAGUGUCCACAUUGUAGUCGUAAUUUUGCUCCAAUGGUAGCUGAACGACAUAUACCAAAAUGUACUAGUAUAAUAGCUAAACCUAAACCACCACCUAAUCGUAUGGGUACACAGCAACGUAUGGCUCCUAGUAGUAGUAGUACUCGUACAGGUAUGUCAGGUUAUAAUACUACAUCUGGUGGUGGUGGCUUUGGUAAUAGUGCUGCGUAUCCACCACCAAAUCGAUCAACACGUGGUGGACGUUAUUAG